GAAAGACUGGAAUUCUGUUCGGAAUUCGCGGUCACGAGAGCCGCUGUCAACGCUUCCGGACGUCUCGUGGCGUUCGCCCACAAAUUGGGAGCCAUUUAUGUCUUGGAUUUGUCACAAAAGCGGUUCCAGUUGUCGACAAGAGUUCACUCUUCGGUCACGUGUUUGGCUUUCGUGGACAGCGAUUGCGAUGACGUCACGUGUCAUUUGGUCGCGACGACCGCCGACGCCAAUCGCAUCCACUUCUUCGAACUGAGUUUUGACUCUCUUUUGAGUCAAUCUCUGGUUUCGAUCGAAUGUUCGCACAAAUCGACAAUAAGUGACGUCACGUUCGACACGAGAGACCGAAUGAUGACGUCAUCGGCUUAUGACGCGGCAAUCGUUUGGAAUCUCUUGACGUUUCGUUCGAACAAAACUCUGAACGACAAGAAGUGCCAAAAGUCGCUCUUUUUCGGACCCAAUCUCGCGCUCAGUGUCUAUAGAGAAGCGCUUUUCGUUUGCGAUUCCAAAACAUUCCAAUUGUUGUUGAAAUUCGAAAAAACGCUUUUUCUUCGAAAAUACGACAAAUUUUUUGCGACGAAAAGUCUCGAAAAUAACGACAUUUCGAUUCACGAGACGAACAAUGAGACG